AACCACACAACAAAUCUCUCUGUUUCUCCCGCUCUUGCUCUGUUUUCUCAAAGACGUAGUUGAUUCCUCUUCUCUUCCACAUCCCAAAUCUCCUUGUUACCUUAAAAGAAUAGUGAGGAUCAUCUAUGGCUACUGCUAAGAACAAGGGAAAAUCCAUCAGGAGCCUUGGUACAAAUGAAACAGAGAAAAUGGAUGAGAUGGAGUUGGAGGAGGAGGAGUUCCAGUUUAGUAGCGGCAAGUAUAAAGAUUCGGGUUCUGGCUCGGACAUGUGGUUAGGAGAAGCUUCCUCUACGUCCCAAAGAAGUCUUAGGAAGACUAGGACCUUUGACCGACAUAAUCCUUAUCUCCUAUCUUCUUAUUCUACUCCUCAGCCGCCACCAACAACUACAUGCUCUGUCUCUUCUUCGAGUGUCGCUUUUCCCUUUUCCCUCGCUCCAGCGAUUCAAAAUCAACAACGAUUUUUACACCCGAAUAACCCUUCAGGACAAAGACAGCAACAAAUGAUCUCGUUUGGUCCUCAACUACAGGUGCAGCCAUAUUUAGUACAACAACAGCAACAUCAACAACAACAACAUAUGUUGCAGUACUGGAGAGACAUAUUGAAGCUGAGCCCGAGCGGAAGAAUGAUGAUGAUGAACAUGUUGAGACAAGAAAGUGAUCUGCCACUGACGAGGCCGCCCAUUCAACCAUUCAGUGCCACCAAGCUAUAUAGAGGGGUAAGACAACGCCACUGGGGAAAAUGGGUUGCUGAGAUCCGUAAGCCACGAAACAGGACACGUCUCUGGCUAGGGACAUUCGAUACAGCAGAGGAAGCCGCCAUGGCUUACGACCGCGAGGCCUUCAAGUUGAGGGGUGAGACCGCCAGGCUCAAUUUUCCCGAGCUUUUUCUCAAUAAACAAGAGUCAACUCCGGUGCAUCAGAAACAAUGCGAGACGGCGACUACUAGUGAAGAGGCAAGCGGAAGAAGAGAAGAUGAUUCAAGCGCGGCAUUGGCAGUGGGAAAGGUGAGUGAGGAGACAGGUUGGGCUGAGGCAUGGUUCAAUGCAAUUCCAGAGGAAUGGGGACCUGGAAGCCCUCUAUGGGAUGAUUACCACUUUCCCAUUUCUAACCACAAGGACGAUCAUGACGCCACACAAAACUCUUCUUCUGAUACAAUUUAGAAGCUGUGCACUUUCACAUGUUAGAAUAUAUAGAUGCUUAGUUGUAUGACUGACUAGUUUUAUGGUUUUGGGUGGAGACAGUUUUUGUCAUCUCCCUCAUUUCCCAUAUUUUAGAUUCUAUUGGCGACCAUAGUUUUUUCUUUAUAGGUGACUACGAAUCUAAUGGGGUCAAUCAUUUUCAUAUAUGUAACAUAAAGCAUAUGGUGUUUG